GGAAACCCUCCUCAGCCCCACUGUCACACCCAGGAAAUGCUCAGUUCCUCUCCCCAUGCCCUGCGCGCACACACCAGUGUCUCUCCAGCCCUGAGCUGAGCGGUGACCACGCCUGAGGCUGGGAAUUCCUGUGCUGAGCCAAGAACCCAGCUCCCAGCCCGGAGCCACCGGCUCAGCAUGGAGCUAACUCUGCUCCUGCCGCUGCUGGCCUCGCUCCAGAGUCUCCCCAGGCCGGUGUCCCCCUCAGGUCUGCCGGCCCCCACACUAGCUCUGGAACAUCAGCUCACAGUGCUUCUGCCCGGGCAGACAGCUACACUGACGUGCCAACCUCCUGGGCAUGUGCAGCCUUCGGGAUACAGAUUCUUCUGCCAGAGAGGGCAGCAGGGCCCCAGCGCAGUCCCACGUGAUAAGGAAGGAGACAUGCUGGUUCUCACAGCUGAGAAGGGAAGUGCCGGGACCUACACCUGUGCGUACUGGACAGAGGGACCCAAUGGACCAGUCUCUAAGAACAGCAACUCCGUCUCCAUCUCCAUAGCAGCCCCCCAGCUCACCGUGUCCCCGCCGCAGCCUGUCUACGUGGCCGGGGAAGCCGUGACCCUGACGUGCUCAGCUGCCGGGGUGGACAGACUGACCAGGUUCCGGUUCUACAGGGAUGAAGAUGAAAUCCAGCCCAAGGAAUCCGUGUUAAUCCCGUACCGUCAUGUGGCCUCCAUCCAGCUGUCGAGUGUGGCCAUGUCGGACGCGGGGGUGUACAGCUGUGAAUACUGGCGCAGGAUGGAUGACAAGAAAGGACCAGACAUCGUAUCAGAGAGGAGCCAAAACAUCUCCAUAGCAGUGACAGCCCCACUCCCGACCCCUCAGCUCAGCGUGUCCCCGCAGCAGCUGGGCUACGUCACUGGAGAAUCGAUCACCCUGACAUGCUCAGCCUCGGGGGCGCCCAGCGACUCCAUGAUCCGCUUCUACAAGGACGGCCAGACACUGCUCCCCGAGGAACUCUGCCUCCACCCGCACCAGGCCACCGCCUCCGUUCGGCUGUCGGCGCCGCCGCAAACCAGCACCUACACCUGUGGGUGCUGGAGAGUAGAGUCCGGGCGAGUGAUCGAAUCAAAGAGGAGCCGGCCCAUCUCCAUAGCAGUGAUGGAGACCCCCAGUCCUGAGCUGAAGCAAGAGGCUCUGGAGACAGAGCAGGGGGCAGCUCUGAAUCCCCUUCCCCCGCCAGUGCUGAGCGUGGAUCCCCCGUCUGGAGCGGUGAGCGAAGGGCUCCCCCUGCUCCUCACCUGCAUGGCCCCAGGGAACACCGGCGAGAGGAGGUUUCCUUCCUACAAGGGUGGCUCUGUGACCGUCUCCGUGACCCGCGUCCUCAGGGCUGGUCCCAGCAACGUGGUUGAAUUCACCUGCGGGAACAAGGAGAAUGUGAGCGGGAGGUGGAGCCCGUCCUGCACACGCCAGGCUGUGAACAUCACUGUGGAUGUGGCUGUGUCAGAUCCCCUUCCUCCGCCAGUGCUGAGCUUGGAUCCCACAUCUGGAGCGGUGGGUGAAGGGCUCCCCCUGGUCAUCACCUGCACAGCCCCCAAGGGUGGAGAUGAGGUGGCUCCCAGCAUCGCAGGCUCUGAGAUCGAUGUGGCGGAGCCCAGGAAUGUCUCUGUCAAUGUGACUGUGACCCGCGGUCCCAGCCACGUGAUUCAAUUCACCUGUGGGAAGAAGGAGAACGGGGGCUGGAGCCCGUCCCCCACGGGCCAGGCCGUGAACGUCACUGUGGAUGAUGCUAACACAGCCACAGCUGCAUCCCCUCUUUCCGUUAUCCUGCUGCCAGUCGUCGGCGGUGUCCUGCUUCUGCUCGGACUCCUGGCUGCCCUCCUGUGGUGGGGCUGGAGGAAGAAAAGAGUUGCAAAGUAUGCGACAGGCCCUGAGCCAUCCGAGCCCAGAGAACACGCCAGGAACAGGGAUCCCAGGCGUGAGAAGAAGCGACCAGAAGCCGCACAGAUGGACCAGCAGGGCUCGGAAGUCGCCUACGCACACAUAGAGUUGUCUGCCUCAAACGCUCAUGCGACAAAGUCGAAAACCAGAGCCAGGCCUGCUGAUGAGGCGCGGGUGCUGUACAGCGAGGUGGCAACCAAACCCACCCACAAGGCACCCAAAUGAGGAGGGGAAGCCCUCUCUGUGUUCCUACACAUCCUCUUCCCCUGUGCCCAGGAUCUGUAUCCUUCCCCCUUUGUAUCCCUAUAGCCCUGGUAUGACCCAAGUCACUGCUGUCAGCCUGUUUAGCCAGCUGGUAUCCUGUGCAAUAUUAUAGAAAAACUGGGGAGCCCCUGGCCAUGACUGUCACUGUGUGGUGUGUGCAUGGGGCAUGUCGAAAGAAUUUUUCAGGUCUGCAUGUUGGAAAUGCGCAGUGAAGGCAGUUGCCAAACUAGCCAGCUCUACCCAAAGGAGUGGGGAUUCCUGUGCCUGCCUGGAUCAUACUAAUCAGAAGAUUGGAAACACAGGCAGGCCGGGUGCCACCCUUGCCCAGGCUGCAGGGAUGAGCUGAGGGCUCACAAGCUCACAGCUGGAGACUAGACCCGGUCAGUUCGAUGUUCCUCUUCCUCAGUGUCGGGAUUAGACUCACAAGAAUGUCAGCAGUGUUUAGAAUGGAAAAAAAUGCGUGUGUGUUGCAAGCACAAUGAGAAUGGUCACUCCGCAUGUUAUCAGGUAAUAUUUACGUGCUUAUGCUGCCCUAUGCACCCCACACAAUCUGCAGAGAAGCAUGAGUAAGCAUGAAAGAAGAUCUUUCCACGGCAGGGGCUAUUUCCUGCCCAGCUA